AUGCCUCCCCCAAAUCCCGCCAAUGAUGAAGCUCAUCAGCGCCUGUUGAACACCCUCGAUAUUUCAGUUGGCCCUAAGCCCUUCCGCAACCCACACUGGAAGCCCUCCCAGCGCCGCAACAAGAACGUGAAGCAGAUCGUCUCUGAGGCUUCCCGAAAGGAAGCUUCAGUGUUGGCCACUCAAGCCAACUCGGGCGCAACCACACCAGGCCUUGGUACAUCCGCCACCGAUAGCGAGCAAACCCCGGCCGAAGUGGUUACACCGAACCUCUCCCAGGCUACCCAGAACCUGUCGACCCUCGUCUUGGAAAGGAACGCCCGGGCGGGACUCCCAAGCGGGCCUGCUGUGACCUACACGAACAUUGAGUCGGCCCCCUCGCUGAAUCCAGCCUACCAACAGCAUUACUGCGACAUCACAGGACUGAAGGGACCCUACACGGAUCCCAAGACCCGCCUGCGGUAUCACGAUAAGGAGAUCUACAAGGUGAUCCGGUCUCUGGCACAGGGUGUUCCCGAGAACUACCUCGAGGCCCGUGGAGCUCACACCAUCCUGAAGUAA